GGCGUCGGGAAGCUAAUGCGCAGGCGUGUUUUCUUGAGUGGUGAUUGGCUGGCAACAGGGCAGGCAGGGGCGGGACUCCUGUCUCGGCGCACGCUCUGUGGGCGGAAAGGGUGGGGCUGCCGGUGCCAGUUGGUCCAAGGGUUCAGGCCUGAGGCGUCCUACCGAACCCUCCCCCUGCCGGCGCCUCAGAAGGCAGACCAUUCAUCAAGAAUUUUGUAUCCAAGGCGCAGAAGUUUGUUACUGAAGAUGAUGAAUGCUGACAUGGAUGCAGUUGAUGCUGAAAAUCAGGUGGAACUGGAGGAAAAAACACGACUUAUUAACCAAGUAUUGGAACUCCAACACACACUUGAAGAUCUGUCUGCAAGAGUAGAUGCAGUUAAGGAAGAAAAUCUGAAGCUAAAAUCAGAAAACCAAGUUCUUGGACAAUAUAUAGAAAACCUCAUGUCAGCUUCUAGUGUUUUUCAAACAACUGACACAAAAAGCAAAAGAAAAUAAGGGAUUGGUAUCUCGUACGUCUUACAGAAUUGCUGCUGAUCUUUUUUUUUCUUUAAAACUUGGAUAGAUUCCAAAAGUUACAGUACUUUUGUUUGUGGCUUCACUGAGUAUUUAUGAAGAUAAUGUCAGAUCUAGGCAAAAUUAAGAGCAUAACAGAAGACUUCCAUGAGUUUGUGUAUUAUGUUAGUCUAUGAAAAUGUGCAAAUGUAGAGACUUUAUAAUUAGAAAUGCAUAUAUUUAUGAAACUUGAAAAUGAAUGUUUUAUCAAAUUUGUUUUGAUUUAUAGGGUUAGCAUUGUCUUAUAUUAUAGGCAUAGAGAUACAAGCAAGUAACUACCGUGUUGUGAAAAAGUAACCAAAAUCAUGUACUAAAUGCACAGCUUUAUGUACCCUGUCUACCAUCGUGUGCCUCUCUUCCAUUUGCUUUCUUCCUGGUUUUCCUUCCCCUAGGGAAAAAAUUGGUUUCACGUUUGUAAAAAGUAAUUUCAGUAGCUAAUCAUCUAGGAGAGUAGCCUGAACUCUAACUGUUGAAACUUAACCAAAAUAAGAUACUUUCUCAGUUAGGGCUUAUUUAUUAUGUUUAGUAGUAGUAAGGAUAGUAGGUUUCUCUUACAUUAAUUGAAAAUGGAGGCUAUAAAAAUGAAGAUUUUUCUUUGAAUUAUGGUAUGGGGAAGAUUUGUUAUUAAAAACUUCCUUUGCACAAAAUAACCCACUUGGUAUCUGAAAAGAUGAGUUCUGGUUGUGUGUGUGUUUGAAAUAGAAAAUUUUGAGGAAAAAUAGAAAUAGGGUGGGAAAAGUACUUCGUAAGUACCUGUAACCAACUCCAAAUGUUUCUACUCCAGAUUUAUGUUCUCUCUGGCACAGAUUGGAUUUUGGAAGGAACAUUUUAAAAAAUGGAUUAAGUUUGGCUAACCUGGAAGAGAAUAGAGUUUGGUCUCAGGUUUAUUUGUAGUACCAGCAGAUCAAUUUUGCAAAGUCCAUUAAGAGUGGAUUAGUAUCAGAGUCAUGAAUAAGAUGGGAGAGUUUUACAUGUAAACUAAUUGAUGCUUUCUCAGUAUUUUAUCUACUUCUCCCAGAAGUUUCUGCAAACCCAACUACUGGUUUGCAGAAUUUUAGUUAUUUAACCAUUUUUUAAAAUUUAGUUUAGUAGAUUCCAUUUGGUAAGGAAAUCAGUAUUUAAUUAAAAUGUUAAAUAGGAAAAGAAAUCCACUAAUAUAGUUUAUAGUUAUUAAAUUUAGGCUAAUCAUGGAAUAAUCUUAUGUUUGUAUUGGUGUAAGAUUUGGUGACUUUAGCUGUAUGAAUAUAUAAUAGUCAUACUGCAAACAUUUUGCAUCUCUUUGUGACCUAAUUUUCAAACAUUUAAAAUUGUGUUGCAGUUACGCUUUGUUGUUUAAUAAAAAGCUGUUUCAAAAA